GGAAAUCAGUUGCAAAAUAUGUCUUUCUAAAAACCAAGACUUUUUUUAAAAAAAAAAUUAUUAAAAUUAUAACUCAACGGAAAAUAUUAAAAAAUUUGAAAACUGCGGAAAAAAUGUGGAAAUUUUGGAUCUUCGUAGUAUUGGCGGUCCACUCUGCCACGGGAGCCAUACGACCAUCGACCACCAAAGAUAGCCAGGAGCGUUGCGGUUCGGUGCUCUGCCAGCGAGUCAAUGAGAUUUUUACCCAAGCGAAAUUGACUCAUGGCUAUAAUUACAUAACCACAAUCCCAGCUGGAGCCAUGAAUUUGACCAUCAAAGAAAUGGCUAAAAGUAAUAACUUAAUAGCUCUGAAAACCAAAGAUGAUAAGUACAUUGUAAAUGGCUACAAUCGUGCCUCGGAGGGUGGCUUCUUCGAGUACAACGAUGACAUUUUCGAUUACAACAAGGAGGCCAGCAUGGUCAAGGCCCGGGGUCCCUUGAAUAACCCCAUUGUUUUAAUGCUUUGGGUGAACGAUUUAAAUCCCGGUGUCCAAUAUUCCUAUGCCCUGCCCGUACCCUCGGCCUCCAUAUCGGAAGCCGAAGAGCUGCAAAGUCAAUGGAAUGAAUUGGGCCAGCCGCUGGAUGAAAUCGACGAGACCCCGCUAAGAGAAAAUUCCCUCGCCAAACCGCGGGAGAAACGUAAGCGUAAAUAUGCCUGGGAGUUGUUGGGUUUUGGCCCCUGCAGUCGUACCUGUGGCCCUGGCAAGCAAUCGCCCAUUUUCCGUUGUACCCGAGAAUCGGAGAGUAAGGAGACAGUGAAACGUUACUAUUCCCCGAAACGUUGUGCCAACAUUGAGAAGGAAACCUUUUUGCCCACAAUUUAUAUGUGUAGUCAUGGCCUGUGCCCGGCCUACUGGAAGAAGGGCGAGUUCGGGGAUUGUCAGUGUUCGAAUGGCUCGGUAGAUGGAUUUAGGUCCAGAGAGGUUCUGUGCUAUCAGGAAAAUAUCAAUGCCACACAUGUCCCAGUGGAUGAGGGUAAAUGUAAAGAGGCCAAACCGGAGACCAAGGAGAGGUGCCACUGCAAAAAGGUCAAGCUCUACAGCAGGAAUGUGGAAAAGGCCAGUCAGCUGUAUCAGAGAUUUAUUGGCAACUCGAACUCCCUUAAGACCGUUAUGAGCAAACGCCAUACAAAUGCCAACAGCUCGAAUCAAACCUCCCUGAAACGCUACAAUCGCGAGGAAAAGGCCGGUGUUUGGUUAAUGUCCGAAUGGAAUCAACAAUGCUCGAAGGAUUGCCUGUAUAACUAUGAGCAUCGCACGACAUAUUGUGAUCGUACCGCCCCCUAUGUAGAUCCCUGCGAUCCAAGUCUGCAGCCAGAAAGUCGUAGAUCUUGUACGAGUCGGGGGCAAUCGUGUCGUCGUGGCAUGUGGUUUGCUUCGGAUUGGAGUAAAUGUUCGGGAGAUUGCCAAAAUCGUCGACGCACCCGUAUGGUGUUGUGCGUCAUGGACGGCUAUGUGGUGGACAAGAAGCAGUGCGAUCCCAAAUCGAAGCCCGUGGAGAUGGCAGUGUGUGCCACCAAGGAUUCGGCCUUCUGUGGUCCCAAAUGGCACUAUUCCGAGUGGUCUGAGUGCUCCCGCACCUGUGGCGAUGGCGUCCAGCGUCGCUAUGCCAAGUGUCUGGAAUACGAUUACAAACUGAAAGAAAUGACCGAAUCGAACAAAUGUAAAUUUCUCGAACGCGAACCCGUCUAUGGCACCUGUAAUCUGGGCAAUUGCGAAGAACUGAGAGCGGCGGCUGCUGGCGGCGGCAGAGUCAUUGACGACAAUGCCCUGACAGUCUAUCAGAGGAGGGUUGGUGCUGGUGUUGGUGGCAGAGCUAGUGGUGGUGUGGUGGCGGAAUACGAUGAUUAUGAUGAUGAAGGUAAUAUUGGUGCUGUUGCUGUGGCUGCUGAGCCCAUCAGCGUUGAAGAAGACGAUGACGACGACGUGGAAGAAAGUUACCAAGAUUUAUCAAGUGGCAACGAGAAAUUAGUGAUAGCUUCGGCGCCAAAAGUAUUGCAGAAUUGUCGUGAGGAAUUGAAUAAUUGUAAGCGUAUCAAUCGUGAGCGUUUGUGCAAAGUUGAUUAUUAUAAGAAAAAUUGUUGUCUAACGUGCCAUGGAUUUUAUUGAGGGCGGAUGGAUAAAAAUGUAAAAUUUGGGGAAAAUCAAGAGAGAGAGAGAGAGAGAGAGAGGAAGGGGGAGGAGAAUAUUGUGAGAGAAGUUUGAAGAAAAAGGGUCAUAAUUAUGAAAAGAAAUAGGGGGUGAGUUUCAGAUACUUGAAAGGAGAAACCCAUUAAAAAAUAUUCAUUUAAGAAAAAAAAUCUUU